AUGGAGCCGUCGCCGUGUGGCCGCGGGGACCGCGGCGGCAGCGGCCGAGCCCACUUGGCCCCGGGGCUGCUGGCGGCCGCGCCCGCGCCCGCGCCCGCGCCCCCGUCUCCGUCUCCGGCGGUGCCGCUCCCCCCGGCCAUCCCGCUGCCCCCGACGUUCCUGCGGCCCCCCAGCCUGUUCCUGCGGGCAGCCGCGGCCGCCACGGCGGGCGGGGGCUGCGCGGCGGCCCCGGGGCUGGAGAGGGCCGUGGGCGCGGCGGGCUGCGGCUACCCGCGGACGCCCAAGUGCGCGCGCUGCCGCAACCACGGCGUCGUGUCGGCGCUCAAGGGCCACAAGCGCUUCUGCCGCUGGCGGGACUGCGCGUGUGCCAAGUGCACCCUGAUAGCCGAGCGCCAGCGCGUCAUGGCCGCACAGGUGGCGCUGCGCCGGCAGCAGGCGCAGGAGGAGAGCGAGGCCCGGGGGCUGCAGCGGCUGCUGUGCCCGGACCCUGCGCCGGGUCGGGCGGCCGGAGGCGGCGGCAGAGCCGAGGAGGCCGGGGCCCCGAGCGGCCCUGCGGCGGGGGCGGGGGCGGGGGCGGGCACGGGGACGGGGACGCCGCUGGGACUCGGUGCCUCGAGGCAGGCGGGUCUGGCGGCCGCUGCUCUCCAGGUGGGCCGGCCGGAUGACACGGAGCCCAAACAAGAACUAAAAGAGAGUAAAUGUGACUCAUGCCAGAAUGGACAACAAGAGCCAGUCUCUAAAUCCCAUCAGCGUUCUCUGGGAUCAUCUCCUAAGUCUAAUGGGGUCAUUGGAAAACAAAACAUCAGGCCAUCUAUUUCAGAAAGCUCAAACAAGGAAGAUAUUAUUCAGCCUCUUCACCCCGGGGAGCUAUCAGGAGGGGAAGAGAGUCCCAGGUCCCUGUCAUCAUCUGAUCUGGAAUCAGGAAAUGAAAGUGAGUGGGCCAAAGACUUCACUGCUACCAGAGCCAGCCUUUCCACGCUGUCCUCAAGACCAAGAGACCCUCUUGAUAUCCUAACCAGGAUUUUCCCAAGUUAUAGGCGUAGCCGGCUAGAAGGCAUUUUACGCUUCUGCAAAGGAGAUGUGGUUCAAGCCAUUGAACAGGUCCUAAAUGGGAGAGAACAUCAACCAGACACCAGGGACUUAGCAAACUCAGGAGAAUUGGAAAAUACAGCUUUUCAGAGAGCUUCAAACUUUAGUUUAGGUGGAAUUGGUUUCGGAACUCUGGGGAAUAAAUCAGCUUUCUCUCCUCUUCAAACUGCUUCUGCUUCUUAUGGAGGUGAUUCAGGUGUCUACAGCUUAAAUCCUAGACUAGGUAUCAAUCCAUUACGCCUGGCAUAUUCCUCUCCAGGAAGAGGGCUCUCUGGUUUUAUGUCUCCUUACCUAACUCCGGGGUUGGUACCAGCAUUGCCUUUUCGGCCUGCUUUGGAUUAUGCCUUUUCAGGAAUGAUUAGGGAGUCUUCCUACCUUCCCAGCAAAGACUCAGUAACUGGUGGCAGAUUGUAUUCCAGGCCAAAUCAGGACAAUCUGUAAUAUUUCUGCCUAUUCUCCCUUUCUGGAGUAUUUCUAGAAGCAGGCAACACAACCCACACACCCACAUCUAUUAAUAUGUACGCUAUGUAUGUGAGAGGCUUACUAGACCUUAAAAUGCUAUUUUUUUUUACAGCCAAUAUGAUAAAUUUAAGAUCUAAGGAUUCUUCUUCAGCAUUUAUUAAGUGAAAGAAGCAUUUAAACAUUAUAUGUGCCUUGAAUAAAGUCAUUUCAGGAAAUAUUUUUACCUUUAUGAAUUAUCUCCCUAAAAUAUCGGUUGUAGAAUCCCUAUUUUAAAACUAUACUUGUUUUUAUUUUAUUGAAAAAUUGAAUUUAUAGUUGUAAAAUACAUUUAUGAGUGUAAAGCAACCCAACAUAUAAAAUAAACUGAAAGGAAAAAUUAAAAAGUUGAGGUAAUUCCAAAUGACUAUUACUUUGAACUUUUUCUUUCCGUCUAUUCCUUGUAAAUGGGAGAGAAAAAAGCUAUUCAAGCUUUUUUAAAGCA